CGGGGAAUCCGCAAUGGGUCUGCGGGCGAUGGAGCGGCGGGCGAGUUUCGCCGUUCGGCUCUUGCUGCUGCUGCUUUUGCUACUCCUGCCCGCGGUUCAGGGCCGCCAUCAGGAGUCAGGCUCAAGAUGGAAAGUAUUUAUUGACCAAAUCAACAGGUCUUUGGAGAAUUAUGAACCGUGUUCAAGUCAGAAUUGCAGCUGCUAUCAUGGUGUCAUAGAAGAAGAUCUGACUCCUUUCCGGGGAGGUAUCUCCAGGAAGAUGAUGGCAGAGGUGAUCAGAAGGAAACUAGGAACCCACUAUCAGAUAAUUAAGAACAGAUUAUACCGAGAGAAUGACUGCAUGUUCCCCUCAAGGUGUAGCGGGGUUGAGCACUUUAUUUUGGAAGUCAUUGGGCGCCUCCCUGACAUGGAGAUGGUGAUCAAUGUACGAGAUUAUCCUCAGGUUCCUAAGUGGAUGGAGCCUACCAUCCCAGUCUUCUCUUUCAGUAAGAUUUGUUUUUUCCCGUGUUGCCAGUGGGCUGAGGCCACAUUUGUGUUGUAUUGCCCAUGGUUUAACCUCAUUUCACAAAAGUGCUUGGUCCCAUUGUUUGUGUCAGAGUCUGCAUUUCUUAGGUCAGCGGCUCAGUGGCCAUGGAAUAAGAAAAAUUCUACAGCAUAUUUCCGAGGAUCAAGGACAAGUCCAGAACGGGAUCCUCUCAUUCUUCUAUCUCGGAAAAAUCCAAAACUUGUUGACGCAGAAUACACCAAAAACCAGGCCUGGAAAUCUAUGAAAGACACUUUGGGAAAACCAGCUGCUAAGGAUGUCCAUCUUGUGGAUCAUUGCAAAUACAAGUAUCUGUUUAAUUUUCGGGGCGUAGCUGCAAGUUUCCGGUUCAAACACCUUUUCCUGUGUGGUUCACUUGUUUUCCAUGUUGGUGACCAGUGGCUAGAAUUCUUCUACCCACAACUGAAACCCUGGGUUCACUAUAUCCCAGUCAAAACGGAUCUCUCCAAUGUUCAGGAGCUGUUGCAGUUUGUGAAAGCAAAUGAUGAUAUUGCUCAGGAAAUUGCUGAAAGGGGAAGCCAGUUUAUCAUGAACCACUUGCAAAUGGAUGAUAUCACCUGUUACUGGGAAAACCUUUUGAAUGAUUACUCCAAAUUUCUGUCCUAUAAUGUAACAAGAAGAAAAGGCUAUGAUCAAAUUAGUCCCAGAAUUUUGAAAACUGAACUGUAGGAGUCCUUAUAGGACCAAUGUCUUCUGACAGCAGAUAACCCUGUGGUAAGAAGCUUACUAAGACCUUACUUGGAACACCUUUUAUCAAGCCAGCCAUCUGGUUUUCCUUAUCAUGCUGCACCAGAGCAACUCUUAAGAAAGAUAGAAAGUGUGUGUAAUGCACUGAUAGGAAGCGGCUCAACUCCAUGUCUGAAUAAGGAGCAGAGAUGAUGAGCUAUAGAUUGUGAACACCUUCUAUCUUUCAUUUACUUAAUGACUAAUCACAGCUUGUGCCUCAGAUCAUCAUCAGAUCACCUGUAUGUAUGUGUUCAUCACUGUGAAAUUGACUGUGUCCAAGUGAUAACACUCUUUGCUCCAGCAUUUGGAGCAGAAAACCAGUCAUUUGAAACUGGUUCAGCUCAUCUGCACAAAUGUUAAUUUUAGGCUUGACUGCUAUUGCUUUAUUUCAAUAUAGAAAACCCUGUGGGGUUUGUGAAAAAUACCUAGGGAUUGUUUCCUGAAAGGUGUGAAGAAGCAGUGGCUGUGCCAUGUAGUGAUGUAGGAGUUGUCUUUUGUAAAAGCAUAAACUUUGGUACUCAGGAGGUUUCUAUAAUGCCACAUAGAAAGGACCCAAUUGCAUGAGUAAUUACUGUAGCUGAUUUCAAGCUCCUAUUUUGUGCCUUCAUGCUUUUCCUUAUACUGUCCCUCUAAAGGACAAGAAAAAAGGAAAAAGGGAAAGGAAGGAAGUGGAUAAAACUUCUUAAUAAAUUUAGAAUUCAUCCUCACUCUAAAGAAAUGGCUUAGGAGAGCAGCUGUUUUUCACCCUUUACAUACUUUAUCAUUUUCCUUCUGAAAUAAAACAGCAGCACUAGCUCAAUGUUGUACAGACCUACAGGCAAACACAUAGUAAGUUGGUA